UCCUGCCUUUAGCGAAUUUCUCAGAGAAAGCUACUUAAUUUUGUCCUUUCGUCCUAGUUGUAGCGGUAUUUUCGUUGUGUGGAGUGUUUGGUAGAGAUGGAGGCAAAUCUCGACGAACUGACGAACGAGGAGCUGCGGCUCCAGUUGCUGAAGCACGGUAUGGCGAACCUGCCAGUAACGAGCACCACCCGGAAGGUUUUGUUGAAAAAGCUGAAGAACCAUCUGGAAACCAGCACCGGUACUCCCGCAAAGGGUCGGCGUGAAACAAUCAAUGUCGCCAGAUACUCUUCCGAUGAGGACAGUAGCGAAUCGGUUAAUACCGUCGCCAAGAAAACCCCGUCCAAAAAAGAUGCGGCCAGCAACCGUCGCGCUACUUUUGCAGGCGUAGCGCCGAAACCGACCAAACCGGUACCUGCACCAGCUCAACCAACGGUAAAGAAGCUGUCGGAAGUUACGGUGAAUGCUGAGGCGGAACCCGAGUUCGCAUCGAAACGCAAAUCAGGCCGAAUAACACCGGUAAAGGGAAGGUUGGGCAGCGAUUCGGCUCGAAGCAGCACCCCGGUCAAACUUAACAGUGCGGCUGUGGCGGCCCUCCUGGAGGAUUCCGAUGAAGAUAUGAUCCCGCUAACGCAGCUGUCUCGUCGUGAUCGCAAAUCGAAAAGUCCUUCGCUGACCCGGGCAGACAUGGUGACGACUUCCUACAUCCAUCAGCAAGUGCCGGAACAACCACCGAUCUUAGAAGAAAUGGAAGUCGAUACGGAAAAAUCAGAGCUGGAAACGAUCGUUUUAGAUGGCGAAGAUGAUGUUGAGAUUGUAGAGGCUCCCUUCCAGUUACCUGCUGCGUCUGCUGCCCCUUCCGUCGUAAAGGAGGCUUUGUACAAUCGAACAACGAGCGCUACAGUUGCUGGAGGUUCGCAUCGGACCUACGACUCUUCUGCUGCACGACGCACAACCUCGGAGGAUCAAUACUCGGACCUUUCACAUUUCAAACCUCGCAGUACUAGCAGCGUUAGUGGCACAAUGGCUUCCACACGACCGAUACCAAACAUCACGUCAUCAUCAUCAUCAUCUUAUCGCACCAGCAUCACCACUACGGCCACUGUUCGCGACGAUCCGCCAUUCAAUCCCAGCGAUUCGCCGUAUCUCAGCGAGUUCACGAAGCGGCUGUCCCGUUUAAGAGCUGAAACAGUCCCGCUCGGUGAUGGCGGCGGAAUACGCGAAUCACCCUCGCGUCGGACGACGAUGCAUGUGGGCGAUCCGGAACUGGUGAAGAUGCGGUUACGAUACCCGGACGAGGCUAAACCUACACGAUACUCUUCCAUUGCGAGCACGAACACAGCAGGCGUCAACACCAUCCGUGCUACCGCUCGUCAAAGCCUACUUGCCCUAGAUCAGAAGUACGCAAUUAAAAAGAUAUUCUACACGAUCAUGGUCCUGCUGGUGGUGAUCUUUCUGUUUGUAUUCUUCUUCCUUUAAAACCACCCAGCAUUUUAAUGAUGAUCUAGCAUUUCGACAUAAAACAAUAGUUGUGUCUUCAUUUUUUUUAUCUUUUUCUGUCUAAUAAACAUUAAUUCAAAUAGAUGAUUUUCGAUUUCAUUUAUUUCGU